AAAAUAAGCAAGUAAGAUACUCUUUUUAAUAACCUGUCCUUACACUAGAAAGAGUGUUUGAGGAAAACAAAAUCGCGAAAGGCUAAGUAAAGGCUCCUUAUCACUCUGGAUAGACGACUCUAACCAUUCGGAGGACUAGAAUAGAAUAGAGUGGUAAAACCACGAAUGUCGGUAUAAUAAUUCAAGUUCUUCACGGGUCACGAAAACCCCUCAGGUAACGGAUCACGAAGAGUAAUUCCGAGUCCCUAAAUUCACGUUCCACGGAAAAUAAAAUCAGCUAAUCAUGCGUCAUGAGAAUACCCCUGUACGACCCUCAUUGCAGAGUGGUUUAGGGCAAUAGGUCACUUUCUACAUAUUAAAGUGAGGCCUAGAGGACACAAACAAAAGAAAUGAACAAACGUGUCAUUCAAUUCCCUCUGUUUGUGUCCUCUAGGACUCACUAUCAAGUUGAAUUUUGAUAUGUCGAAAACAGUCUAUUGUUCGUCUUGAAAAAGAUCCAUGUUCUGCUUACAAUAUAGUAUUUUUUUGUUACAUUCUCCAAUCAGAAACAUUUUUUCUAGCUGGUGAAUGUCAAAACAUGUCACAAGACAUCACAUCACCUGUCAUGAACGCAUUUAUAUUCGUGUAGUAUUUACCUACAGUUUAUUAUCAUAUCCCAGAACUCAGGAAAACACCCGGCAAACAUUAGAUUAUACCACGAGUAAAAUUGAACCAUAACGGGUGAUGAUUUUGUCCUUUUUCAGCCCCAUCGUUCAUACAAAAACGUGCUUUUAUAAAAAAUAACGCAGUCAUACAUAACAUACAAUGUACUCUGAUUAUUUUGCUUUGCGACCCAGCAAAAUUAAAAUCGUUACAUUUGACAGUUCAAAUCGUGACAAGCCACCCAUUGACCUCGUGCCUAAAUGCUUAUUUAAGAACCCCAGAGUGAUUUUCGCAUAUAUUUAUCGUCUAGAUUUACCUGAUGGCUGACUCGGAACGCGAAAAAGAGAAAAUAAAAAUUCCAGCGAGCUCGGGUUUGAGGAAAACGUACUCAGCGAAAGCUCGUUUGGAUGAAGGCUGUUCGUGGACGGCUUGUGCGGUCGGUUUUAUUGUGAUGUUUAUCAUUGGUGGGCAGAAUAACAGUUCAGGAAUAAUAUUCACUGUGUUGCUGGAUGAAUUCAACACCAACCGCGGCCAGACCGCUUGGGUGACCGCCAUGGCAGCGGGAAGCAUGCAUGCGUUUGGAAUGGUUUCCGCUCUCCUUGGUAACCGGCUUGGAUUCGCUAACGUCAUUGUGUUGGGUGGACUCGCAUGUGCUGUUGGGAUGUUUACGUCAUCGUUCGCCACAAAUAUCUACUUACUUUACUUAACUUAUGGUUUGGUGUGGGGCUUGGGCUCUUGUCUUUGUUACUGUUCCGCUUUGUUUCUGCUUCCUCAGUUUUUCCGGGCGCGACUCGGCUUAGCCAAUGGGAUCGUAUUUUUUGGAGCUCCAGUUGCUACUCUGGUUUAUAGUGCAGUUAUGCAGAAACUUUUCAAUUACUUGGGAUUGGCAAAGACCUUUCGAAUUUUAGCUGGAGUGCAGCUGGUUUUAGUGCUUUGUGGAUUUAUUACAAGAUCGAUUCUUUCACUUGGGUUUGACCAAAUUGAGUUGAAAAAUAUCAAGAAAUCUAGUUUUGAUUGGUCGAUAUUCAAGAACAAAAGCUUCAUGGUUUUUGUGGCGUCCCUGUGCAUGUUUAUGCCUGGUUACUUGGUUCCUUAUGUGCAUUUAGUUCGACUUGCUAAGGAUUCCGGUGAAACCUCCAACAGAGCAGUGUUUUUGGUUAGCUGUUUAGGGUUUGGUUCGUUAACAAUUCGUCCUUUCUUUGGCAAAUUCCUGGACCUGCCUCGAGUCAGUCGCUUAACCACUCUACAGAUCACACUUCUCUUAAUCAGUGUUUUCACGACUCUUGUUCCCAUAGCAACCAAUUACGAAUGGCUAGCAACCUAUGCAUUUAUGUAUGGUCUCCUAGAGGGAUGUUUUUUAAUUUCCUUGCCGUUAAUUGUGCAAGACUUAGUUGGAGACAGCAAAUUGGCGUCUGCCCUGGGUACCUUGUACUGCCUUCUUUCUAUCCCUAAAACCGCUGGCCCCUCGAUCGCGGGCUGGAUAUACGACACAUUUGACAGUUAUGCCGUGGCGUUUUUUUGCGCAGGGGGAUUUGCGAUGGUUUCUACGUGUAUUUUGUUAAUGGUUCCACUGUUUAGAACGAAUAUUAAUUCAUUCUCCAGAAGUAAAGAGCUUGUUCAUCUCGUGGUACGUUCCGAGUGCAACAACGAAGAGAUCAUAGGGAAAGAAACCUGUUUGUAGUUACAGUUAUACUGAAGAGACGUCACCUGUUGCAAUAACAUAGAGUCAAUAUUGUCAGAGAGCACAAUUAUACGUUCUUUUUGAGCUCACAAUCUUAUUGUUAAUUAUUGGAGCACUAAUUAAACUAUCUUCAAAGAA